AUGGCUGGCAUCAUCAGUUUCGCGGCCCUUGCACCCUGCGACACCGUCAUCAAGCUGCCGCACCCAUACCUUGCAGAGUACACCGUCAAGCGCAACGACGACAAGCUCUUCGAACUAUGUCUCAAGGAAGGGUCGCUGGUGCAGCAACUUCCGUGUGAGCUGCACUCAUCCCAGCUGCGCUUCUCUGCCCCUGAGGAACUCAAGUCUAGCGAGCUGCCGGCAUCUGUUAAUAACAGUCCUUGGGCGCGCGCCCGUCGCUCUCCGUUCUCAAAUGUCUACUGGGAUGGUUUUGGUAGCGCCCCUACGCUCGGCCAAGCAUGGCUGCUUCUCUAUGUGCUCUUUACCGUUCGACCUGGUAUGGAAAUGGUUCGACUGCAACUCAGCGGCAACAACGCCAAUGUGCUCUCACAGCAGCUACAGGAUGUCCUCCUCGGCAUUGCGCAUCCGAAGGCAGCCGAGGCUUUCGCUGCACCGGAACUUGUCAACACGGAAACAAGAAGCUCCGUCAUUGUCUUGCGCAGUACCUUUUGGCAGGGCGCUGGAUCGCCAUUUGGUCCUCGCCCCGUGUGGUGUCCUACAGAGUCUCCCUCAUCGCUGCCGGCGUCGAAUCCGCUUUCGUCAUACCCGCUCACGCCUCUGCAGCAUACCAUCAGCGUGACCUCGGCCGGCGACCCCCAGGACCCGGCCCGCUGCCAGCAGGCCUGGCACCCAAUUCGACCUGCAAAGCCGGCACCUGGCACAGUCAUCUACAGUCGCUGGAUUCCCCAUCUGAAAGAGACAUUUUCCAUGGUCUCGCUAGACUAUACUGAUGCCGAACAUCUCCGACUGUUCCAUGAGUGGCAGAACGACCCUCGUGUUUCUCAGGGCUGGAACGAGACGGGGACGCUAGAGCAGCAUCGUGAAUACUUGCGUAAAAUUCAUAUUGAUCCCCAUCAAGUUGCCAUACUGGCUAAGUGGGAUGAUACUUACUUUGCAUACUUUGAAGUAUACUGGGCCAAGGAAGAUCGCCUUGGUGGCUACUAUGACGCUGAAGACUUUGACCGCGGCCGCCACUCCCUCGUUGGCGACGUCCGCUUUCGCGGACCUCACCGUGUUACGGCCUGGUGGAGCAGUCUGAUGCAUUACCUCUUCCUCGACGACCCGCGUACCAUGUGGGUGGUUGGUGAGCCCAAGGGCUCGAAUUCUACUGUCGUCAUAUACGAUUUGAUGCACGGAUUCGGCCUCGACAAGUUUGUCGACUUUCCCCACAAGCGCAGCGCUCUCGUGCGCUGCCCUCGCGAGCGCUUCUUUCAGUUGUGUCCGUUGGGCGAGCAGGACAAAACGGUUGGUGGAAUGAAAAUUGGUCUUGUGCCAAAGUUGUAG